GGAAGGCACGCGCGGCGCCGCAGCCUCGCCCGCACGCGGAGGGGCUCCGCCCUCCCCCCAGGGGCUGUUUGCCUCAAGUCCCAGCAGAGGACACGUGUCAGCACGUUCCCGCCCUUGUCAUCUCAUCCCAUGUCAUAGCCCCUCCCUCCGGCCUGGGACCCCCGGCCCCAUUAUUCCUGGGCCCAAUUCCGCUCUCACCCGCGGUCUCAAGCGGGUCUCCUCCGCCCGCCCGUCUGCUCGGCCGCGAGCCGCGGUCCAGACCUCGGCAGAGGACACUCGGCAGUGCGUUCUCACCCCUGCGACCUCAUUCCCCUUCCUAGCUCCACCCAGGCCUCGCAAUCCCGGUCCCCGACAACCCAUUGUCCCCGCGUUGACCGCAGGCUUGGCCCUCGCCCCGGACCGGGUGUCUCCCCCGGCGACGCGCAGCGACCCAUGAUGCAGGCCUCAGCUUGGGCGGCCGCAAGGGAGGCGGCGAACCGUGACGUGCUGGCCGCAGACCUCCGGUGCAGCCUCUUCGCCUCGGCCCUGCAGAGCUACAAGCGCGACUCGGUGCUGCGGCCCUUCCCCGCGUCCUACGCCCGCCACGACUGUAAGGACUUUGAGGCCCUGCUUGCAGAUGCCAGCAAGUUACCUAACCUGAAAGACCUUCUUCAGUCCUCCGGAGAGAAAGACAAAUGGGCCUGGGACUUGGUGAGCUGGAUUUUAUCCUCAAAGGUCCUGACAAUCCACAGUGCAGGGAAGUCAGAGUUUGAAAAGAUCCAAAAGCUGACUGGUGCUCCUCACACAUCUGUUCCCACGCCGGACUUCCUGUUUGAAGUUGAGUACUUCGACCCAGCCAACACUAAAUUUUAUGAGACCAAAGGAGAACGAGACCUUAUCUAUGCCUUCCAUGGCAGCCGCCUGGAAAACUUCCAUUCCAUCAUCCACAACGGGCUGCACUGCCACCUGAACAAGACAUCCUUGUUUGGAGAGGGGACCUACCUCACCAGUGACUUGAGCCUUGCCCUCAUUUACAGUCCCCAUGGCCACGGGUGGCAGCACAGCCUCCUUGGCCCUAUCCUCAGCUGCGUGGCCGUGUGUGAGGUCAUUGACCAUCCAGAUGUCAAGUGCCAAACCAAGAAGAAGGAUUCCAAGGAGAUAGAUCGCAGAAGAGCGAGAAUUAAACAUAGUGAAGGGGGGGACAUCCCUCCAAAGUACUUUGUGGUCACCAAUAACCAGCUCCUGCGAGUGAAGUACCUGCUGGUGUAUUCGCAGAAGCAGCCCAAGAGCAGGGCUUCUAGCCAGCUCUCCUGGUUUUCUAGCCAUUGGUUUACGGUCAUGAUAUCCCUGUAUCUGCUGCUGCUGCUCAUAGUGAGUGUCAUCAACUCGUCUGCUUUCCAGCACUUCUGGAAUCGUGCGAAGAGAUAAUCUUUCUGAGCCUAGUAUGGGGGCCACCUCGACUAUGUGCCUUCUGAUAACUUGUUCUGUACCUCCUGUGCCUCACGUCCAGCCAGGUGCAGCCUGGGGACAGAAGGGGGAACCACAAGUCAAUUUUCGUAUGCCAUAAAUGUAUUGAUUGCCUUUGAUGAUGCUCCCAGCCACACUCCAGUCAACAGGGACCAUUGGUCCCUCACACUUAGGUUUCGGGGGAGCCCUCCCAUCUGCUCCUUCCUAACCAGUCCUAGGGAGUUGGCUUUUCAGCCAGGGCCAAAGGAAAAAGUCCUGCUGCAUUUAAAAACAAAGUGUCCAAGCUGUCAGUGGUGUGUUUACAAUCGCUCCUGGUGGAGUUUGGCCCUUUCUCUAAUGCCUUCUGGAAGGCGGAAAAUGUGGGGACUAUAAAUCACUAGGCGGUUGCCUUGUUUUGACUUGCGACACCCAAGAGGAACAGUCAUGUUUCUCAUAAAAAUCACUGGGGUCAUUUUUGAAUUCCGUCAGCUUUUGUAUGUGAGUGCAAAACAUUUCAACAGUUUUCUCAAAUCAGCAGCCUCUUGCUGCAGCUGUACUUCCUGCUCAUUCUCUGACAAACUGUGGAUAAGAAAGGAGUCAGGGGCUUGAUAAAAACACAGAUUUAAUAAUGAGCAACUCAAGUCAUCUUUUUCUAAAAAAAUUGCCAACUGCUGAUUACAGCUGAAAUGGAACCAAAUGUUUGUUUUCUGAUUUUUUUUUUUUAAUAGCUGUUUGUCAAAUUAGUCUUUGUGAGCUGAGCAAAAGGGGAAAUUUCUAAACCUAGAGCACUAUUUGGCCAAUGUCCACAGCCUCUUUCCUGGCUGUGUUUUAGAGAAAGGGAUUUGAGCGGUAGGCUCGCCUCCUGUUCUCAUUCUCACGAAGCUGCCUUGCCUGUGGCCUGCCAGCCAUGAGUGCCAUGCUGCAGGCCUGUGGUGGUCUGCUGGCCUUUGAGACAGGGGCCUGGCUCGGUGUGCCAUAGAUCUGCACGGGUUGAGCCUCCUUCAAAGGAGUCGCAGGUCUUUGGGACUCAUCCUGGACCUUAUCGUGUAGGAAAAGCCUUUGGCCACCCAGAGAGCUGCAUCCUACUUGUAUUCUCUGCUCCUUUUUUCCUGCUGGGCUCCAGCCAUGGGGACCCUGGAUGAUUUGGGGGUGAGAUUUCCAUAAAGAAGGGGAAAAAUCAUUUUUCUAUAAUUUGUAAAGUUGUGGAAAGCCACUAUCACGGUUUUUACAUUGAAUAUUAGAACAUUUCAAAAAUAAUAAAGAUAUUUUCCUAAU